AGAAACGUUUUUCUUUAGGGUCACCUGAACAGUCUCUGAGCUUUGAAGCUGUGUAAAUUGUUGAGCCAAAGAGCACAGCUAUCCGUAGGUCGAAAUUUCUGUGGUUUGUUGUGACUGACGCUAGAGCAAUGAGUGCAACAUUACAACCUUACCUCGAAGCUGUUCGUCAUACUCUUCAAGCGGCAUUAUGUCUGGAACAGUUCAGUUCUCAGGUGGUUGAGCGGCACAUGAAGCCAGAGGUUGAAGUUCGCACAUCAAAGGAGCUCCUGAUGACCCCUGUUGUUGUAGCUCGUAAUAAACAAGAGCGAGUCCUCAUCGAACCUUCUAUCAACUCCGUAAGGGUAUCGAUUUCGAUAAAGCAAUCGGAUGAAAUCGAGCGCAUUCUUUGCCAUAAAUUCACACGAUUUAUGUGUCAACGAGCGGAUAGUUUCUUUGUUUUGAGGCGCAAACCUUUACCAGGAUAUGAUAUAUCUUUUCUGAUUACUGCCUCGCACACUGAAACGAUGUACAAGCAUAAGCUUGUUGACUUCUUGCUUCAUUUCAUGCAGGAAAUUGAUAAGGAAAUCAGUGACAUGAAGUUGGCACUGAAUGCUCGAGCACGCGUUUCUGCAGAGGAGUUCCUGAAGCGUUUCAAUUAA